AUGACGUUGCUCCGGCUUCUAUUUCUGUCUCAGCUUAUUGUCUUGUGCGCCAGCGCACCUAGCUUGGUAUACAAGGCGCCUGAAACCACCGUGUUGCCUUGCGAGGCUUUGACCGAGCGGGACAGCGAUUCAGACGCAGCAGACGCAAACGCAGACGCAGACGCAGACGCAGGCGCAUCAGACAGCGUGACCGUCUUCGACAGGCAAGCCUACAGUUCAACGUUGGCGCAGCUGCAAGUGCAAGUACUGUCUUCUAGUCUUGCUUCCAUCUUAUACAUAUCUACACCCCCCUCCGCUUUUCUCUUUUACUCUUAUACAUCUCACUCAUAUCUGCUCCAAAUCCAUCUCUUGUCGAAUCUUGCCUUCUUCUGUCUUCAUAUACAGUUCAACUCCCCCCUUACAAACUUUUGUUUCCUGAUUCCCCACCUGAAAACGCGCGACAUCUGUGGCUUGACGUGCCUUGCAGACUGUCUGCACAAUCCUGGUUCUCCAACAACCACCAUGUCGACUCCGUCUCUAUCCGAUGGGCAGCUUACGCCAACCGAUACUGACCCUGAUCUUUGCUUCUCCUCCUCGGAAGAUGAUCACAGAUGGCCAACUGCCCAAGAUGUCAUCGAAAUGUCAAUUAUGCUCAAUGGGAGUGCCGUUCCUCUGUCAUGGUCUCGUGAGACCCUCAAGAGAUUACCAAUGGGCACUCGUCCGGUAAAGAUGGUUGGCGAAGGUGCUGCCAAUGUCGUUUUCGAAUUGGGUAUUCCAGAAGGAGAUCUUAGGGCCAAGGGCUUCAAGGGAUGGCUUCUUCGUGUUGCUAAAGCCCCUACAAGUGGCCAACCCGCCAGGUUUAAUUAUUUGAGACAGCAAGAGUUUUACGCAAAACAAAUCACUCCAUUUCUCAAGACUCACGCCAUUCAACAACAGCUCGUCGUCCUACGUAGCACAAAUAUUAUUCCUCAGCUGAACGCGUUUCUGCGGUCAAUUGAUCAUCAGCGCAAGGAGAAGUUCAGGGGUACCUUUGUCUCCGAGUCUAAUUGGGGUCUUCUUGUUGAAGACAUGCGAAUAUCUGAUCCCAACAGCAGACUUAUCGAGUUCAAGCCAAAGUGGUUGAAUCAAUCGCCGAGUGCUCCCCAGGGUGCUGUAAGGUGUCGACAAUGCGCCAUGGAACUCUUCAAUUACCUCCGGGAUCCGAGCCCUUCAAGGCAUACACCAGAGCAAAAGCCUUGCCCUCUUACACUUGCCAAUCCUAGUGCUCCCGCUGCCAUCAGUUCACCAUUUCGUUUCGCUCCCAAGCUUGCUUCCAAGUGCAACGAUCCCAUGGUGCGGGAGCUGCUAGCAAAGACAGCCGAUCACCAGGUCAUUCGUGAUCUUAGAUGGCUUCAAAAUCUUUCCGAUACCAAAGGUCCUCUGUAUGCCGAGAAAAAUGAUCCUAUGUUCAGUUUGGCCAUGACUGUUCGUGAUUGUACCUGUUUCGUCCAGAUGAAUCUAGGACCCGAUGUACCUCCCGAACAACGACUUCGUGUCAGGCUUGGCGACUUUGAUCUAAAGGAUACCGACAUCAAGUUCAAGCGAUGGACUUCGGCCGAGAAGGACCUAAUCGACUCGGGUUGCUACACCGUUGACUGGAUCAUGUGUAACGGGCAGUACUACCACCCUCCCACCAAGUGUCUUCUUGAGUGGAGCCGGCGGCAGGAUCAAAACGUGAGAAUCAUUGGCAUCAAGGCCAAAGGCUCUCAUCCCAAUAAGGCAGUAAAUUUCCCUACCGAGGUCAUGACCAAGCAGGCUCUCGUGCACUGGAUGACGAGUAGUCCUGUCAAGCUCACGGGACUUCUCCAGCCCGACAGAAAGGAUAAGCCAAGGAGCGAUGUGUGCCCAUUUCGGAAUGAGCCUCCGAAUCUACUGAAAUGGUUGUCAAAGAAGCCGUAA